AUGAGGGCACCCAUUGAUCCUCUAAAACGGGUCGCUCUGACGCUUUAUUAUUUGAGCGACGAAGGAAGGCUACGGAAGACUGCAAACGCCUUCGGUGUGUCGCGCCAGGCCGUGUCUGUCAUCGUUAGGCAGAUCUGCAGGACUAUCUCCAUCCACCUCGGUCCCAGGUACGUCCGACUGCCUUUCACGGAGCAAGACGCUACGGAGCUGGUUGUGGGGUUUCAACAGACUCAUGGCAUGCCCCAAUGUUUAGGAGCAGUUGACGGCACCCAUAUUGAAAUCAAACAACCGUCUGUCAACUCCACGGACUAUAUAAACAGAAAAGGCAAGUACACCCUGAAUGUACAGGCAGUGUGCGAUUACAAGUACAGAUUAAUGGAUGUUGUCAUCAAGUGGCCUGGAAGUGUGCACGACGCACGGAUCUUUGCCAAUUCAGAGCUGAAUCUGUCACUGAAAAAUGGCAAGAUCCCGCCUCUUAAAAGGCGGAUUGUGGACGAUGAGGAGCCUAUAUCCAUUUUCCUUCUCGGUGAUCCUGCGUACCCACUGCUGCCUCAUCUGAUGAAGGAGUUCUCCAACGGAGUCUCAGAUUUGUGGAGUUGGUUAGCUGGUGCUCGGGACGACUGGGAGCCAGGUCAUUCCUGCAUGUGA